AUGGAUAAGAACUACACAAGCUAUGGAGAUUGUCGAUGUUGCUUAGUAAAAGGAUAUCACAGAGAUAUUAUGAAGGAAUACUACGUAAAUGGCACUAGAGAGGUGUAUAUAGACAUUUUUAUGGAAUGCUUCAAUUUAUUUCUAUCAACAAAUAAACAGAUUAGCGCACUGAUAUGUGUGUCGUGUGUACAGAAACUGAAAGACGCUAACAGUUUCAGACUGCUUGUGAUCAGCUCGGAAGAACAACUUCUAGACUCAAUAACGGAUAAGGAGACUGUAUUUGUGAACGUUGGUGUUCAAUCCAAGGUGAAGACGGAGCAGAGUGAUGUGAAGAUAGAACAAGAUGACUCGGUCUUGGAUUGUGAGGAGUUUAUAUGUGAUGAAGAGACAAAGGAUGAGGAUUUCGUAGAUAGAGAAGCGGAAAUAUUGUCCAGGUUUCCAUUUACCAAGAAACUGCCUGAUAGAAAAAGUUUGUACACAACCUGCAAAGGCUAUGUGACACACUUGGAUCUGCUGGAAGGUAAAUUAGUUCUCCCGAAAAUGAUCGCAAAAUUAUUAGAGAACGACAAUGAAAGAUCUUCAAAGAAAAUAUUUGUUACUGAAAAAAUGGCUCAUAUACAUAACGCGUCCACGCUUCUAGAAUAUUCGAAUGCGACGCCAUUCAAGAGCAAAAAUAGAUCGGGUUUUCCUUGCUUCUUCUGUAGAAGCAUACAUGAUAGCUUGGAAAAACUAAAAGAGCAUCAAAGUAAAUCACACAAAAGGACAGAAAUCAAGAAGAUUUUGGCGACUUAUGGAGCCGAAUGUUUGGUGGUGUAUGUAGACAUAACAGAUUUGAAAUGCACCAUCUGUGACACAAAUGUACCUAGUCUGAACGAACUAAAAGACCAUUUGAUGAAAAUACACAAGAAGAAAAUACAUUUAGAGUACACAGAUAGGGUCAUACCAUUCAAAUUGUCGACAAACAGCAUAUACGAAUGCCAAGUGUGCAGAUUUAACUUCGAAACUUUCGGUUCGAUCGAACGGCACAUGAAUGUACACUACAGGAAUUACGUUUGCAACCAGUGUGGAACAGGCUUUGUAACGAAAUACCGGUUGAAAGUACACAUGAAAAGCAUGCAUGUAGGUGGUGCAUAUCCAUGUGAUAUAUGCAAAAAAGUAUACACAACCCAACAGAAACACAAAAACCACGUAGACACGGUCCACAAAAUGAUAAAAAGAUUCAAAUGCACCAAAUGUCCCGAGCGUUUCUCAGAAUAUUUCAGACGUCAGAAACAUUUGGUGGAUGUCCACGGUUUGGCGCCACUGCAUUACAAGUGCAAUGUCUGCGACAAAACAUUUGAUAGGCGUUACACAUUGUCUCGUCAUAUGAAGCGUGAUCAUUUAGAAGAGAGGGACUAUCAGUGCCAAUUGUGCUCAUACAAAUGCUUCACCAACAACGAACUGAGCGUGCACAUGAUAAAACAUAAUGGUGAGCGAAUACAUGAAUGCACUGUUUGCAAUAAGUCCUAUGCGAGGAAGAAAACUCUCAGAGAACAUAUGCGUAUACAUAAUAAUGAUAGGAGAUUCGCAUGCGCUGUCUGUGGACAAUCGUUUGUACAGAAAUGCAGUCUGAAGGGCCAUGUUAAAACACAUCAUAUGGAUUAUGUAGUGCAAUAA